UCAAAGCACAACCAGUCUGAUUUGGUCAAAUGAAAUAAAAGCAAAACGCAUUUUAAGUCGAUCUUAACACUUUCAACACUUAACACUUACAAACUUAGAUGCUUCUCACCACAGGUUGGCUGGUUGCCUUCAGCCAGGCUCUCCCCUUUGAUCAACGGCUUGGUGGUGGUGUCUGUAGAUGUAGGUGGAAGAGAGAGAGCAUGGCAAACGUCCCUUUUACCGUGUCCUUUCUUUCCUCUUGGCUUUGCCCCCCCUUCAGGGUCAGGCGAGCAUUACCUCAUCGCAGUCCCAAACUGACCAAGGGGAGGGAAGUGACUCACUCCAGAGUCCAACAGAUCCUUUGUUGCUGCCUAAGCCAGCGUCCUUUGUUCCUGUGAGGCUGGGCUGGGUUUGUCCCAUCCAUGUCCUGAUGAGGUGUGAACUGCUUCUCUGUUCCUGGAGAGUUUUGCCUGGGCUUGUUUUAAGCCACAAGGUCACAUUUUCAGCCUCAUAACUAUAUACAUGAAAUUACAACCUAUAACAUUACUAGAACAAUGCUCAGUGCAUCAUGAGCCUUCUGAAGACACCCACCGUGAUAAACUUUGCAUUGGAUCUGUUAGGUAAAAAAGCAAGUCCUCACUCACCUCUCCAGCACCCGAGUUCGUGCGGAGUUGGUAUGGGGCUCACAAUCUGUCAGAGACCAGACACCAAUUCGUUGAUCAACGGGCUCACACUAUCCUUAGCUUGAAAGGCUUCAGAGUAAGUGUGGCAAGUUUAUUAGGGGUGAGCAUCAAUAUUUAUACACAGAAGUAAACAAAGUGAUUAACAGAUCAUAAUGGUCAUGUAUAAUCAAUCAAGAUUCUACAGGAUAAAACAGGUUAAAAUGUAAAUUCAAAAAGAGAUAAGGGGAGAUGGCUACUUAAGGGGAGGGGGGGGUGUCAUGAGUAGUUCGCAGGUCAGAGCUUCGGUUAAAAGUUCAGACAGAGACAUCAAGUCUGGGUUAAGUUUAAGCUCAUCAAAAGUUCAGACUCAACAUUGAUCCCACACAAUCAUAAGGAUGAACAUGGGGCUGCAGGGUGUUCCCCCGAGAUACGCUCCCACCAUUCAUUCAGUAUGGCCACACUGAUUUGGCACCAUCCCAACACCCCAGACAGACCAUGGCGGGGGAAGGGGAUGUGAGAUGGAUGGCAAGGUGCGGGAGGGGCCUUUCUCUGCUCCAAGAUGGGCUUGUGGCUCUCCUGGUUCCCCAAUGUGUUCUUGUUUGGAUCCAUCCCACGGCCUGUUAAAGGUCACAAGCCAAUUGCUGAUCUUGAACACAGUCGCCUGCCGGUGAGUCAGCCCUGGGCUCACGUGUGAGCAUGGGAAGCCGGGCCGCCUGUGCCGGGGAGUGGGGAGCUGGGGCCGUGUUCUCUGUCCUCCCUCUGAGAGCAACCAGGCUGCCUUGCUGUGCGUUAACCGUGCUGCCCGGCGCCCUGAGGCCAGGACGGCUCCUCCAGGUCUGGGGGCAGUUACUGACCAUAGGGGAGAGAGGAGGAGUUGGGACUUUUCUGCUUUUCCUUUACCACCCUCCCCACAGACAGCAGCAGCAUAACAACCUGCAGGAUGAUGCUGGGAGUGUGACCUCCCUGGGGGCCAUGCCCCAGCCGACAUUCCCACAGGGUUGGGCUGAGAGGCCAUCGUGCAGCGACCGGCCCUUGGUUCAGGCCUGGGUGCUGCUGACCCAGGAAGCAACCCCCUGCAGCGUGUGGCCCUGAAUGCGUCCUGCUCAGCUAGCUACCAAGUUCUCGGCAUGCGCCCUUUUCCACGCUGGCCGGUCUCAUUGGACUGACCUCUCUGUUCUGUUUUGAAGAUCUGAUAAAGGGCACCUAGAACGGUCUAAACAAACAGCCCUGGGGAAAUCCCUCGGUCUGGAGGAAUGCAAACCCAGUGAGUACUUCAGACUGCCCGGCCCUCACAGGCUGUCCCCAGCAAAGGACCUCCUCCAGCGUGCAGAUGUUACUGGUAUGAUGCAGGAGGGCCCUGCUGCGGCUGGCUGAUCAGACAUCCUGUGUGUGCUACAGCUGGGGUUUCCGUUGUGGGCUGCACCGAGCUCAGUGCACGUACGAUCCGCCCGCCCGUAAUUUCCAGUGCGACCAAAGGUGCUUCAGAGACACAUCCCAGGGCUGGAAAGAGCCCUCUGUGAUCAGGCAGUGCCGCUGGAAGGUGCAAAGGCAGGGAGGAGGCAGGGGCAGAGAGCCCCUAUGGGACGGAAGCUAAUGGGAGUGGGGUGGCUGGGUUGGAGGUGGGCUAGGCAGGCAGUGAGGUGGACCGAGGCUGGGUGGGUCGGUGGACGGGAAGCCACAUCUUGCAUAGCAUGGAGUUCUCCUUGCAGAUUCCUAGGAACGGUCUCUUCCCCUUCCCCCUUUCUGUGCCGCCCUCUUCUGGGAUCCUUUCCAGUCCGGACAGAGCCGUCCACUCCACGUCCCAUCCGCCUGAUCUCUUUCCGAAGGGCCCUCUGCUGGCAGAGCUGACGUGCUUUAGCCUCGAGGCUGCCUGGGAUCCUGGAGAAACGCAGCUGGGUUAGAAUUUGAGCGGAGAGGUAUGAGGCGGGGGGAUCCGGAGGGGCCGCUCGGGGCUGUGUGCACGAAGAGGCCGACCGUGAGCCGGGUUUGUGUGUCUGCACCUGCUCCACAGCUUCCACGGGGCCGCGAGAACCGCCGCGUCGCCCAGACCCUGCUCCAACACCUGCCGGUGCCGCUGCGCCAGCCAUGGUCCGCCUGCGAAGCUGGGCCCUGCGCUGGGCCCUGCUGGGUGCCGGGACCCUGGUGCUUCUGUACCAAGCCAGGACCCACUACAGCCGGGGAAACUUCCCGAGCUUUUCCUACAGGGAUCCUCUCGGCGCUCGCCAGCCUGGAGCCAGAGCCAUGACAGCGCAGGCACCGGUGACCCCGCUGGGCAGUAGGGCCCCCAGCGCCACGCUGCAGCCGUUCUUGGGGGACCUGUAUGGCCGGGACGAGACGUACCGGAACUCGAGGUGCCCCAGUGGCAUCAGGAAGAGGAUCGCAAGCACCAAGUUCAGCAGCGUCUUCCUGGAGGCCAUCCCAGUGCUGCAGUGGGCCCGGCAUGCCCGGCUGGCUGAGUAUCAACGCCUGCGGAGCUACGGGGGGGCCCACGGCUGGCAGGAGGUCGGCUGGCCCGUUGUGAGGGACGCGCUGACCCGUCUCAACACGUCGGCCAAUGGGCGCAUGUUCGACGCCCGCCCCGGAGCUGCUGCGGGCGUCUCCCCCUGCAUCCGCUGCGCCGUGGUGGGCAACGGUGGUAUCCUGAACGGCUCCCGGGCAGGGGCUGCGAUUGACCGGCACGACUACGUCUUCAGGGUCAACGGGGCCCUCACCAAGGGCUUCGAAAGAGACGUGGGCCGCAGGACCUCCUUCUACGUCUUCUCCACUAACACCAUGAUGAACUCGCUGCAUAACUACGCCAGCGACGGCUUCCGCCAGCUGCCCCAGACUCUGGAAAUCAAGUACAUCUUCCUCCCGGACCACGACCGAGAUUACCUGCUGCUCCGGGCAGCCCUGACCCACCGCCCUGUCAACAGAGGCCCAGAUGAGGGUGCUCGGCCGGAGCGAUACUUUGGGAACGACCUGCGGGCGGAGAAGUUUAAGAUGUUUCACCCGGAUUUUAUCCGCUACGUCAGGAACCGGUUCCUUCGCUCCGGCAUUUUGGACACCCCGCAGUGGAGGCUGUACCGUCCCUCCACCGGGGCAGUGAUGCUGUUGGCUGCCCUCCACACCUGCGAUGAGGUGAGCGCUUACGGGUUCAUCACCCCCGACUACCAGGCCUACUCCGAUCACUACUUCGACCUGACACACAAGGCCCUGGUGUUCUACGCCAACCACGACCUGCAGCUGGAGAUGAGCCUGUGGCAGGAACUGCACCAGAGCCGGCUCCUCACGCUGCACAUGAGAGGCUGAAGAUCAGGUCCGCGCUGGGCAGUGCAGAGCGAAGGGAUUGACGCACCGGCUCAGACUGGGACCUGGCUGGUGGGGCGCUGGGGCAGAGACACCGGCACUGCGCUGGGAACAAACCCUCCAUCAAGCGUGGAGCUGGGACCUAGACCUCAGGGAAGGAAAAGCCCCGUUGGACUGUCCGGCUGUCGCCCCACCGUGCCCAGGGCAGGACGCUGUGAGCUGGGCUCGGGCCUACGCCACGAGUGGAAUGAGUUUGUCAGGCCUCAUCGUGGCUUCGCAGCAGAUGGAAAGGUGCCUGGUUGCUUGGGGAGGCGUCCUCCUGCACUGGGCGACCUUGCCCACCGCCACCUGCCAGCCCCAGGGCGGUUCCUGCCCAGAACAGAGUUGUCACCUGACUGACUAUCCCUGGAACAAGUCCAGUCUAUUGCUUUCUGGCGGGGGGGAGGCGAACGGGGCUGAAUGCAGCUGGGGGGGCUGCGUAGCUUGCAAAACAGCUCGUGAGAAGGGGGCUGCGCGGCAGCCCUGGUCCAGCAGAGCCUUUCGCUGGGAGUUAACUGGCGCCAUGAGCAGGCCUCUGGGCUGUAACGCUGCUCGCUGGGUCCCCGAGUUCCCUCCAAGCGUCCCUCCCUGCUGCUGCUGCUGAGAAUUGCCUACUAUAGGAGAGUGCCUGGCCCCGCAGGCAGGGAGGCCCGGCAUUCGAACUCCCCGGCCUGAAUAACCGGGGAAUGGGGGAGUUGGUAAGUCCUGUUACAAAGCAGAGCGACGCCUCUGUCUCUUGGAUUGUCCGUCCCCAAAUUCCAGCCAGCCUUGGGGGUGAGAUCCCAGCGGUGUGGCAUGAGUCCCUGCUGCUAUACAGAGAGCGUCCCUCUUGGAGCCAGAGCGUCCUUUGUCUAACCAAUAGCCCCCCUUCUCCUCCGGCCAGCCCCAUCCUGAACCGCCAAAGAAGGGUCCUCUACCCACGUAAAAAGAAGGGCAGUCUGAGAGCAAGGGAUGGCCUGACUCAGGAGCAUUGGCUAGGUGCCUUUCCUUCUGUGCCUCGGUUUCCCCAUCUGUAGAAUGGGAGUGGGCUCUGCUCCCCUCGGGCAGCAGGGUGGGGCUGGCACUGCCAGCUCACAGCUGGGCACCGGGCUGGGCUACGCAGUGCCAGUGGAACUCCCUUCGCCCCCCCUGGCAUCCAGGGCAGAGCAACACCGCGUCAGCCGCCCUUUGUUCCAGCAGCAUUAAUCAGAGCUAACUCCCCGGUGUGCCCUGGAUGCUGCAGGCUCUACAUCAAUUCAUCAUGUGAAAUCUGGCGUGGCGGGGGGGUGGGGGAGAGCAAUUCCCCUCCUGGUGGGAGUCAGCCCUUGCAUGGCCAAGGCCAUGAUCCCAGGGCACCUUCCGCUCCUCACCCCGGUGCUCUGUACUGCCCCUGGCGCUCUGUGCUGCCCCCAACCCUGGUGCUCUGUGCUGCCCCCGGCGCUCUGUGCUACCCCCUCACCCCGGUGCUCUGUGCUGCCCCCAAGCGCUCUGUGCUGCCCCCAACCCUCUGUGCUACCCCCUCACCCUGGUGCUCUGUGCUGCCCCCAACCCUCUGUGCUACCCCCUCACCCCGGUGCUCUGUGCUGCCCCCGGCGCUCUGUGCUACCCCCUCACCCAAGUGCUCUGUGCUACCCCCUCAGCCAAGUGCUCUGUGCUGCCCCCAACCCUCUGUGCUGCCCCCCAACCCGGGCGCUCUGCGCUGCCCCCGGUGGCUCUGGAAAUGCAGCCCCAAGGUGCUGCUCAGCUCUGUGCGCAGAGGGGAAGGGCAGGGUACUAGGGCAUAGGAAGGUCCUCGCAGGUGUCUCAGUCCCAGCCCUAUUGCACACGGGAGGUAACUCUCAACUGCCAGGAAUGGAACCCAGGUGUCCUGCCUCCUCGCACCAGGCCCCCGUCCCUUCCCCUACUCUCGCCAUAUCCAAAGAGCUGCUUGGGGCCUGGGGAGCUCUGGGGGUGCAGUCCUGACCCUUUUGGGGCCAGCAUUGGACUGGGAGGUGAGAGACCUGGGUUCAGGGUCCAGCUCCACCCCCAACUCCCUGCGUGGCCUUGGGUGAGUCCCUUCGUCUCUCUGGGCCUCCGGUGUGAAGGUGGGGCUGGUUCUCCUCCCUUGUCUAUCCAGACUGGGCCCUCUGGGGCGGGGACGGUGUGUGGGGCAGCGCCCAGCUCCCUGGAAGGCCUCGACCCACAGCUGUAACCCAAGUAAUAAACCCUGGCCUGGGCUCUCCUGGGCUGAACCGAGCCACACAGGGCAUUGCCCAGUAAUACUGCCGAAUCCGUCUCUUUCAUCGCUUGCCGAGGCCGGAGCUCCUGUUAAGCCCCUGUGCCGUCUCUGUCCCCGCUGGCUGCUGGCGUUCAUGCGGCCAUGCACUGGAGCAGGGAUGCGGCUCCUGCACCUUGCCUAGCGCUUUCAAGACUCUCCCUUCGGGGUCAGAGUUCGUCUGCGCUUCACUUGGGCAUCUACAAUCCCCGGGCCGGAUUCCCAGCUGCUGUGAACAGCUCCCUGGAUGGGACAGCGGCUCAGGCUCCAGCCCUCCCCCGUUCUCUUUGCAUCAUUUUUUUAAAUGUGACUUGAACUGUAGCGAGAUCAUUGUACCCCCAGGCAUUGUGAUCUCCACCUGCUCCAAGCCAGUCGGCCCCAGCCAGUCCUGGCGCUAGCUUGGGGGUUCUAGGUACAGGUUCCCUUCUCGGGUUGGGGCUUCCAGAUCAGUUUGGAGUGGGCCAGCAGUCCUGCAACCCCACCCAGCCCUGCUAGCUCGGGAAGCCCACAGCGGUGGGUACAAUGUAGUUGGAUGGCCGAUGCUGGCGUAGUUUUGGGUCGUAGGCUCAGCCCUGCCAUUUCAUGGCAGCAUCUCUCCAUCCCGCGAGCAGCAGCGUUGGCUAACUUCUAGGCCGAUGCCCAGUUCAGACCUGAAUAAAUGGGCUAAGUUAUACAACAGAUUCUGUAGCUUUAUCCUGGCUGGCUGCCCGGGACCCUCGGUGGAAACGGAGCCUGAAUCGCAGAGCGGUGAGCCAGCUGUCUGCAGGGCUCCCGGGUCUGGUUUGCAGGCAGUAGUCCGGGCCCCUGGCGGGGAGGUCGGUCGGCCCAUGGACUCCGUCCUCACCCACAGGUCUCCUAUUCCCUUUGAUGGGAGUCGUGUUCACGGAAAGGCAGCCGCGUCUGUCCUGCUAGAAUGGGGCCAAGUGCUUCCUUGGGACGUUUCCCUCGAGGGAGCCAGGCGUCACUCAGCAAUGGCUUUAGCCUUUCCUGCUGGAUGACCCCCGCUCCCGUCUGCUGGCGCAGGCUUGGGGCACGGCUGCCCCCUCUGGUCCAUGCGGCCCGGGGAAGGAGUGCAGCAGGUGUGACAUUGUGAGUGUAAUACAAUAUCUCAUUGAAAGGUGACAGGGCCAGAAAGAGUUAAUUAACUCAGACUGACCUGACCCAUGGCCGAACUUUAGAGACUGGUUAGGAAGAUCCGUAAAUGAAUAGAGCUUUGAAAUGCAAGUCUGCAUUGUUAGAGAUCUCAAGGGGAGAUGUUUGCUCAGGGCUUGUGAUGUCAGCAAACAAGUCUUGUCUAUUGCUUUGAUUCAAAGAUCAAAAAAGAAAUAUUAACAUUUGUGAUGAUACUUGAGUGAAAUAGUAUUAUUGUCUCUAUGGCUCUUUGAAGGUUGUGGUAACCUGGAUCUGAACUGUGUAAUGGAUAAAUUACCCUGUGCUAAUUGCCAGGGUGUUUGGGAGAAGGAGAGUUAAGUCUAUUGUUUUCUCAGGCCAAAAAGCUGCUGGAAAUGUAUAAAAACCUUGGGACACGAUCCUGCUUCAUCUCAGAUCUGCUUUGGGUUUCAAGAGGGAGAAACCUUAAGCCAUAAGGAUUGAGAUCCCCAGUCACUGACUGGAGUCACCCUGAAUAUGGACAUUGGACUAUAACCUCUGGACUAUUUCUAAAAGGACUUUUGGCAACUACAAGCUCAUCUCUGCUGUGUCUGAACCUCAAGAAUUGAAUUCAAGUCUGUCUGUAUAUUAAUCUUUUAACCAACACUCUCUCUCUUUUCUUUUUAAAUAAAUUUUAGCUCCGUUAACAAGAA